GAGACUGAGGUGAUAGCAGUCUUGUCGUGGGACCAUAAGGUGCAGUGUGAAAAAGAGCCUUGAGAAGUCUUUGAGCCAGUCUGGAAAACCUCACCUGUGGAGUACCUGGAGGCCUGAGAUUGGUUCCGCUUGUCAGUGUGGGUGCACAGCAGCCACCAUGUCGUUCAGGGAGACAGAGGACGAGAUGACUGUUGACCCGGAAGAGGAGAUGAGGGAAGAGACCUUUCUCAAAGACCUCUACCAGUUCAUGACGAAGAGAGAUUCACCUAUAGAAAGAAUUCCCCACCUCGGCUUCAAGCAAAUUGACCUGUUUUUGAUGUACAAGACUGUGGCAAAAAUGGGUGGCUACCACAAGGUGACAUCCCAGCAGCUGUGGAAGCAGGUGUACAGCACCCUGGGAGGGAACCCUCGCAGCACCAGCGCAGCCACCUGCACCCGCAGACACUACGAGAAACUCAUCCUGCCAUAUGAAUGUCAUAUCAAAGGCAAGGACUACAUUGAAGUCUUACCACCCCGUCCCAACAAGCGUUUCUACUACAACAGCCAGAGUGCGGAUGAGGACUGUCCCAGGGAGAAGAUGAAGACGAAUCACUCACCCCUCUUGAAGCGGACCUACCCGAUGGACUCCACUGUGAGGGUCAUGCCUGUAAGCUACCAGCAAUACUAUCCCUCCAGCCAUCUAACUCUGCCUUCCUAUGUGCCCUUGCUGCCACCCAAUAUCUCCCAUUCAGUGCUCCAAACUGCCCCUCAGGCUCCACUGCCCUACCCACCCCCUCUGGGCCCCACAGAGACUGUUCAACAGCCCCUGGAACACCUACGCUACCUGGCAGAAAGAUACAACCGACAUAUCUCCCAGCCCCUUGACCUGAGGCGCAAGAACUCCAGUCCAGAUCCCUGCAACAACCCAGUUUCGUCCUUCACCCCGACCUCCGCCAUGAAGCCUCCAAAGUUUCUAAACAAAGUCUCGCCUCUCUAUCAGGCCAAGGUUCUGGCUCGAGAGGAGGGCUGUGAGAGUCCCAAGACACAGGCGGGCAAGAGCUCUCCGGUCUCUUUCACGUACCCGCCGAUAAACAGUGAUGGCUGCGUCAUUGACCUCACUUCCAACAGGUCUUCCCAAAGCCCCCCCCAUGCCCCCACCACCCCAUCCCAAUCUGGGAGCCCCAUCCCCCAGCUCAAGGACGGGCCCUGCGAUCCCUCUAUGGUUCACCCGCUCAAGCCACUCAAACCCCAGGUGCGUCCAGAAUUGCGAACACAGGUGAAAGAAGAGAACGCCCAAACCAGUUCAGGGCCUCUUAAUCUCAGCCGUUCUCACCCCAGCCCCCUCAGAGAGUCUGGAGGUAGGAUGGAGAUCCAGAUCCCUCUUGCGUUACUCCAGGACUGGAUUAAGGAAGGCCUGCUGUGUGGUCCCACAGCCUCCAGGGUUGGCAAUCUGGCCUUUCAAACAUCCACAGGCCCAAACUCUCCUCGCACUCCAGGCCCAAAGCAUGGAGAGUGGGCACUGGCCAGGCCAGACAUCCCCUCCUCUAGGUCUGACCCCACCAACCCGCCCUUUCACCACCCUUAUGUCGCCCAACAAAUGGCGAAUUGGAGCCCAAGGGAGAAGAGCAUAGAUAGGGACCGAAACAUGCAAAGCCACACCGCCACAAACGGUGACCUGCCCCUAACACCCGCCUACAGUCCCCACAGCUACAAGCCAAUCCCAUCCCAGCGCACUUGGGAUGUUCGCAGCUGGGAUGUAUAUGGCUGGGAGGAGCAGGAAGCCACAAGGCCAUACCAUGCCAAGACCAUGCAGCAUCAGACUCCACAAGACAGAAAUCCCAGAAAAGACCAGUCUAAGAGUCACUCUAGCCCCCAACCUCUGGAGCAGGAUGACCAAGACCCCAGAUCCCCAGUGUCCUCUUGCUCUCUGGGGACUCUAACUCCUGAGGAGUUUGUGAAGCUAAAGAGACUCAUCUCCAGCUCUUGAGUGACGAGCAAGCAACACUGCAACUCUGCAGCUCACCAGAAGAAGACCAGCGACUGUGCAGCUCACCAGAAGAAGACAAGCAACUGUGCAGCUCACCAGAAGAAGACAAGCAACUCUGCAGCUCACCAGAAGAAGACAAGCAACUCUGCAGCUCACCAGAAGAAGACAAGCAACUCUGCAGCUCACCAGAAGAAGACAAGCAACUCUGCAGCUCACCAGAAGAAGACAAGCAACUGUGCAGCUCACCAGAAGAAGACAAGCAACUGUGCAGCUCACCAGAAGAAGACAAGCAACUCUGCAGCUCACCAGAAGAAGACAAGUAACUGUGCAGCCAGUGCCGGCCCUAGCACAUUUGGCGCCCUAGGCAAGGUUUGUCUCUCCCACCCCCCCACCCGUCCCCCCCACCUCCCUGCUAGUAGUGCAUUUGAAACAGCGGGAAGAUUAAUUUCAUUGUAUGCACUCGGGAAUUUGCCGCCCCCUCUUCAUGCCACCCUUGGCUGUCUAUGUCGCCUGUAGUAAGGACCGUCACUGUCUGCAGCUCAUCAAAAGAAGUAUACACCCUCACGGAAUAUCUUAAAUGUUCACACUGGAAACCGGACAGUCUUGUUCAAAUCUACUUCUGACUCGUAUCAGAGUAUCAAAUCAAAUGAAUUUUUAUAGCUCUUUUUUUUUUUUUUUUUUUUUUUUU